GCACUGUUUCGUGUUCUUGCCAGACAAAAACCUCCAAAGUCAACUUAAGAUUUGCUCUUGGCUCCUGUACAGAUCUUUAAUUUAUCUGAUAAAGAAGAAAGAAUAAAUCACCAUGCAGACUGUUCGACCAUGCGGGUGCAAAGGAAUACGCUCUUGUUUAAUUUGUGAGGAAGAGUAUAAAAUAUCCAAGACAGAGACAAAUAAGUUACAGGAAAGCAAAAGUUAUGUUUAUUGUCCAUAUUGUGAUAAAUUAUCACUUGGGUGGAACAUAGAUGAAUACAAAAAACAUCCUCAUCAUGAUGGAAACUUAAUUGAUUAUCCUGGUGUUUAUAUCAAGCUAGAUUUCUUAAACAAAGAUGAAGCUGAAGAAUUGAUGAAAUCACUUGAUCAUCUCCCUUGGCAAGCUUCACAAAGUGGCAGAAGGAAACAGAAUUUUGGACCAAAAUGUAAUUUCAAGAAGAGGAAAUUACGAUUAGGAACAUUCAAUGGUUUUCCUAAAAUAACGCAGUUUGUACAGACAAAAUUCGAAGAAGUACCACUGUUACACAAUUUUAAGACUGUUGAGCAAUGUUCUCUCGAAUACGAUCCUGCACGAGGUGCUUCUAUUGAUCCUCACAUUGAUGAUUGCUGGAUCUGGGGAGAGCGCAUAGUGACUGUGAACGUUCUCGGUGAUACUGUUCUGACAAUGACUCCUUAUCGCGGCCCAAUAAAUCGGUACAACCUGGAUUGUGUCCCAAAUUAUAAUAAUUCUAUUUUGAAAGAUGACGUUUGCAAAAAUACGCAAACUGUAAAUAUCGGUGAUGACACGGUGGUGCGAUUACCGAUGCCUGCAAGAUCACUCAUGAUUUUGUAUGGUCCUACAAGGUAUAAGUGGGAACAUUCAGUACUUCGACAGGAUGUUGCGUCGAGACGUGUUUGCCUCGCAUAUCGUGAAUUGACGCCUCCAUACCUUGAAAAUGGAGAGAAUUAUAAGGAAGCUUCUGAGAUUCUGAAGCAAGCAGAAUUCUUCUGGUGACGUCAGUAUGAAUGAAAUAAAUUUAAAUAUAUUUAUUUAAUAAGUCGCUUAUUACACGUAGUGUAACACAACUCUAUAUGCUAGAAUUCAAAUU